UUCAUUUACAAAACUUGAUUAAAUUUUCCUUCGUAACACAACACUUUUGUUCCAAGAAAACAUACUUUUUUUUUUCUUCUUUCACACAUUUCAUCACCAAAAGAGAACUCAAGAAUUCAAAGUUAAUUCAUUUUCUAAAUUAUCUCAAAAGAUUUAAGCAUGGAUGUGUCCACCAUGUUCAUGAGCAAACAGAUCACUCAACAACCAUUGAUAAAUCUUCCCCCAGGAAGACUAAACACCAACCCUUUCUUCAACCUUAGGAAGCCGCAAAAAGAGAAGGUGGUGAUAGUAAUCGGCGCCACCGGAACAGGAAAAUCUCGGCUGUCGGUCGAUAUUGCCACCCGAUUCCCAUCGGAAGUCAUAAACUCCGACAAAAUGCAAGUCUACCGCGGCCUCGACAUAGUAACAAACAAAAUCACAAAGCAAGAACAACGUGGUGUGCCUCAUCACUUGCUCGGAAUUAUCAAUCCCUUCUCCGAUUUCUCAGCAACCAACUUCUCCGAUAUGGCCAUGCUUUCCUUGGAUGCCAUUACUAGCCACGACAGGCUACCGAUCAUCGCCGGUGGCUCGAAUUCUUAUAUUGAAGCCUUAAUUGACUCGAAAUUUCGAUCAAAAUAUGAAUGUUGUUUCCUUUGGGUAGAUGUAUCAAUGCAAGUAUUGCAAUCGUUUGUGUCUGAACGAGUAGACAAGAUGGUAGCGAAUGGAAUGGUUGACGAGGCCGAAAAAUUCUUCGAUCCCACCCGAGAUUAUUCUCGAGGGAUCAAAAGGGCAAUUGGAGUUCCCGAAUUUGACUCGUAUUUUCGAUACAAACCAUUGUUAGAUGAGGAAGCUCAAGACAAACUUUUGAAGGAAUCCAUAUCAAAAGUGAAGGAGCAUACAUGUAAGCUAGCAUUGAGGCAAUUGGGAAAGAUCCAACGGCUGAGAAACAUCAAAGGAUGGAACAUACAUAGAUUGGAUGCAACAGAGGCCUUUACAAAGCAAGGGAAAGAAGCAGAGGAAGCAUGGAACAAGCUUGUCACCGUACCGAGCACGACGUUAAUUGACCAGUUUCUUCACCCAAACGUCGUCGCCACAAAAUUCCCGACGAAUUUAGCAUCCCUCAUCGGUGUGUCGCGGAAGAGAAGUGCAGCCAUGGCAGCUGCAACUCCAUGAACAAGGAAGCCCCCCACCCCCAAAAAAAAUGGUGUGCAUGGAAGAAAACAUUGCCUACAUUUGAGAUAUGUGAUCAAAUAUUGGAGGGUAAAAAAUUCAAGCAAGCAUAAUUUUGAGUGAAAAAGAAAAUUACAGGAGGGAAUAUAUAAAUAGACACUUUACAAAAUUAAAACUACAAACAAUACAAUUUAUGAAAAGUGCCAUUUCCAAUCUGUUUAAUGAUGUAAAAUUGAGGUCUUUGGGGAUCUUCAAUUCAUUUAGUAAAAUCAAAUAAUUAGGUGAAGGGUGUGAUUAUAAGUAAUGGCUGUAACCAUUUAGAUAUGGUUCUACAUGAUGUGU